UCUGGCCUGUAGGAGGAGAGGACCAGAAGGAUAAUGAGGGGGUUUGAGGAAGCUGUCAUCCACUGAAGGAGGAGCCUGAGCCCACUGACCUUGAGGGAGGAGGGAGGAGAGCAGCCGAGUGCUGACAGAGUUCCAGCACUGCAGAUCUCUGUGUCUUCAGCUGUCCUCGCUGAAAGACACGCAGGGCGAGGGAGGAGACGUCCACAGUCCUUUGAACAACUGCUUCAGGAGGGAAGGAGAACGCUCUGCCACAGUGAUCAGUCGCCUGCAUGAGGAGCCCACCCAUCUGUGAGCUAGUGGGCGAGUGACAUCACCUCCUUCUCACACCCUCCUCACUCCAGUGCAUCUGUCCAAUCAUCACUCGGGGAGAUCCGGUCACGUGAGAAUCCCCCCUUGUCUUGGUUACCAUGACAACGGGCGCUGGUCCAGGCAGCAUCUUGCCGUGGUGAGAAGAGGGUAAGAAAGCAAGAAGAGAGACAGAAAGAGGAUAAACUAGGACAAAUCCCAGGCAGAGGCAGACGUCGGAGCUCCGCUCAGCACCAAUGGGCACGGCUGAGGUUGGAAGUUAGACUCCUCCAGCAAAGGGACUGUUCCAGGGCUGGGGCUGGACCCAGAGACCCCUGUCUAGGGGUGAAGGGGCCCCCUGACUGCCCUAUGAGAGUCUGGACCAUGGGGGAUGGAAGCACUGGUGCAGCUCCUGGAGAAGGAGUAAACAGGUCCCAUGCCUUGUUUGACAGCUUUGUUCAGGCGACCACGUGCAAGGGCACGCUCAAGGCCUUUCAAGAGCUGUGUGACCACCUGGAUGUUAAGCCUAGCGAGUACAGGGUCUUCUACCAUAAACUCAAGUCCAAGCUCAACUACUGGAAAGCUAAGGCACUCUGGGCCAAGUUGGACAAGAGGGCCAGCCAUAAGGAAUACAAGAAGGGCCGUGCCUGUGCCAACUCAAAGUGUCUGAUUAUUGGAGCGGGGCCAUGUGGUUUACGGACAGCAAUCGAACUGGCUUUCUUGGGGGCCAAAGUGGUACUCCUUGAGAAGAGAGAUGCCUUCUCCAGGAACAACGUGUUGCAUCUCUGGCCCUUUACCAUUCAUGACCUCAGGGGCCUUGGAGCCAAGAAGUUCUAUGGGAAGUUCUGUGCUGGUGCUAUCGAUCAUAUCAGUAUUCGUCAGCUUCAGCUUAUGCUUCUGAAAGUGGCACUCCUCCUGGGCAUUGAGAUCCAUGUCAACGUUGAGUUCAAGGGUCUUAUUGAACCACUUGAAGAGCAAGAUGCUGAAAAGACUGGGUGGAGGGCUGAAGUCCUCCCUAGGACACACCCUGUCAAUGAGCUGGAGUUUGAUGUCAUCAUUGGAGCGGAUGGACGAAGAAACACACUACCAGGGUUUCGGCGGAAGGAGUUCCGAGGCAAGUUGGCCAUCGCCAUCACGGCUAACUUCAUAAACCGCAAUACCACAGCAGAGGCAAAGGUUGAGGAGAUCAGUGGUGUGGCCUUCAUCUUCAACCAGAAGUUCUUUCAAGACCUCAGAGAAGCAACAGGUAUUGACCUGGAAAACAUCGUCUAUUACAAGGAUGACACGCACUACUUUGUAAUGACUGCCAAGAAACAGAGCCUACUGGAAAAAGGAGUCAUUCUGCAUGACUACACGGACACAGAACUGUUGCUGUCUCGGGCAAAUGUGGACCAGGCUGCUUUGCUUUCUUAUGCCCGUGAGGCAGCAGAUUUCUCCACCAACCACCAGCUGCCCACUCUGGACUUUGCCAUCAACCACUAUGGUCAGCCUGACGUAGCCAUGUUUGACUUUACCUGCAUGUACGCCUCAGAGAACGCUGCCAUGGUGCGCCAACGCAAUGGCCACAAGCUUCUGGUGGCACUUGUAGGAGACAGUCUUUUAGAGCCCUUCUGGCCCAUGGGCACUGGCAUUGCCCGUGGUUUCCUGGCAGCUUUGGACUCAGGUUGGAUGGUGAAGAGCUGGGCUCAGGGAAAAAACCCUCUUGAGGUGCUGGCAGAGAGGGAGAGUAUAUAUCGUCUACUUCCUCAAACCACACCAGAAAACGUCAGUAAGAACUUCAGUCAUUACAGUGUGGAUCCGACCACACGUUACCCCAACAUUAGCCUCAACUUCCUCAAGCCAAGUCAAGUGCGUCACCUCUUUGACACGGGAGAAUCAAGGGUAAAGUGCAUUGAAAUUGAGAAUGUGAUCAACUCAUCAACACCCAAGUUGGCCCGGAACGACAAUUGCCUGCUUGACAAGCAAUUGCAAGAAUCAGUAGCUCGGUCCAGUAAACUGCUGAACUGGUGCCAGAGACAAACUGAAGGGUAUAGGAAUGUUAAUGUGACAGACCUCACCAUGUCCUGGAAGAGUGGCCUGGCCCUGUGCGCCCUCAUACACCGUUACAGGCCAGAUCUCAUUGACUUUGAUUCUCUGGAUGAGAGAGACCAGGAGAACAACAACCAGUUGGGAUUUGAUGUGGCUGAGAGGGAGUUUGGGAUCUCACCCUGUAUGACUGGCAAAGAAAUGUCUUCUGUGGUAGAACCAGACAAAUUGUCCAUGGUCAUGUACCUCAGUCAGUUCUAUGAGAUGUUCAAGGACACAGUGCCCCAUGGAGAUAACCACAACUUGAGUCCAGAAGAGAGGGCAGCCCUGAUGGCCAGCACCAAGUCUCCCAUCUCCUUCCUCAGCAAACUUGGCCAGAGCAUAGCCAUCUCAAGAAAGCGUAACCCCAAGGACAAGAAAGAGAAGGAUGUAGAUGUUGGGAAGAGAAGGAAAACCAGCCAGUCUGAGGAUGAGGACGUAUUGAGGACAGGCUGUGAAGACAAGACGCCUGUGUCUGCUAUUCUGACUGAGAGGAAGAUGGACUCUCCUGCUGUGUGUAACAAUAACAACAAAGUCAAGGUCAUGGCCACCCAGCUGCUUGCCAAGUUUGAGGAGAACGCUCCAGCCCAGAACUCAGGCCUCAAAAGACAGGGGGAGUCUCUGCCCAAUCUGGACCGUCUUUUGCUCCCUACCCUGCCCCAAGCCCCUGUGAAUGAGCCAGUCCGCCUGGCACCCAUCCCAGCUUGGAGAAAGGCAAGAAGUGGGACACACAAUCUGCCAAGUUCAAGCUCUCGGAGCUGCCCUAAGAAAACCAUUCUGCUUCCUUCCUCCUGUUCCACCUCAUCGCUCUCACUUCACACAGAGCAUUUGGUUAAAGGUGGAGAGGAAGCUGAAUAUGACCAGACACCUGUGAAAUGUGGGGAUCGGCAGCAUCUGCACCUGACUGACCCGGACCCCAUUCACAUACCCAGUAUACAGGAGAGGGCUGACUGCCUAAUCUCCAAGUUUAAGGACAAACCCAACAGACCACCAAAGCCAAGGAAAAAGCCGUCCCGUUUCUUUUUGCAGCAGUGGUACUUGUCUCGAGGUCUGACUGAAAGUCCUGCUUCGCCUGUGUCCUCUCCUGAAUCUCACAGAAAGGAGUCACCAAAGCCUGUGUGUUCUGAUGACCAAACACCCAUAUAUGUGCUUAGUAUUCAGGAGAGGGCUAAACAACUUGCCUCUCAGUUGGAGGACAAGCCAGCCAGACCACAGCCUAAGAAAAAGCCCUCAAAGUUUUAUAUGGAACAGUGGCACCUGGCUCGAGCCCAGCUCCUCCCUGAACCUCCUCCCCUCUCCUCCUCUCCUACAAGGAGACAGGGUUCUCUCCGAAAAGAGUUUCCUGUCAACAUCGGAGGCAGCGACGUUUGCUUCUUCUGUCGAAAGCGUGUUUACGUCAUGGAGCGACUGAGUGCAGAAGGGAAGUUCUUUCAUCGCAGCUGCUUCAAGUGCGACUAUUGUGGCACCACACUACGGCUCUCCUCUUACGCCUUUGAUGUGGAGGAUGGAAAAUUUUACUGCAAACCACAUUACUGUUACCGUCUGUCUGGCUAUGGCCAGAGAAAGAGGCCUGCUCCUUCCCCCGCUCCAGUACUAGCUAAGGAGAACCAAGCACCUCAAAGUCCCACAGCAACUGUUGAUGCCCCAGCAAGGGCGAUGGCGUCUACACCCCCCUCAGCCGAUCACCCACCCUCAGUACCUGAGGUCAAUGGGCUGCAGGAACCGAGCCUACCUAAACGACUGCGUGGAACCCCAGAGCGCAUUGAGCUGGAAAACUACCGCCUGUCCCUGCAGAGGGAGGAGGAGCUGGAGGAGGUGCCAGAGGAGACGCUGGCUGAACACAACCUCAGCAGUGUCCUGGACAAAGCAACAGAUGUGGACUUGGGCUCCAGUAGUUCGGAGUCAGACAUGGAGGAGGAGGAUGAACAGGAGGAUCAAGAUCAGGAGGAAGUGGAGCAACAACUCCUCAGUCCCUCAGACUUUGGUGUUCCCUGGAAGGAGGCGGUGGAGCUGCACACCAAACUGGGCGGUGACGGCAACCAAGAGGGAGACACUGAAGCUCUGGCUGAUGCAGAGGAAGAAGAAGAGGUGGAGGAGGAAGAGGAGGUGGAGGAAGAGGAAGAAGACGAGUCAAGCGAAGAGGGGGAGUAUUGCCCCUGGGACAGGGAGCUCCAGUCAGGUCUUUGGCUGGAAAAGUAUCUGACAGAUGAAGAGGAUGUUGGUACAUUUAAAGCCAGAAACCUUCACAUCCAACAAGUCCUGCAACCGGUUGAUCCCCAGGCCAUUCUGGGCUUGGUGAGAACACACCUGGAUUCUGAGGGGGACAAGGACCAACCGGCCUCAGCAUCCCAACUGUCCCAACCCUCUGAGCUCACACAGCCCUCCUCUACAGCCCCUGCGCGCUCAUCCGCCCGACAUGAGGCAGUGCGAGUCUGGUUGGAGUCCGUGUCAGGAGAGCCAUGUGAGGAUGAUGACCUGGAAGCAGAAGCAGACAGUCCGGACAUGGAGCCUGGUACAGAGAUGGACCAAGAUGACAUCCCUUCAGAUGCAGAAGCUGAGGCUCGUUUGCACCAGGCAGAAAAUGCUGAAGUACUUCCAGAAGAAGAUAAAAAGUCAGAAAGUUUGGAAAUGACAUCAAGUGUUGAACCAUCCAGUAUUAGCCCGGUACAGAAGGAAGAUGAUAUUCUGAUACUACUCAAACCAUCCCCAGAGCCUGAGACACAGAUGAAUCACGCCUUUCUUCCCUUAGUAAAGACCCCUGAAACUAACUUCUUCUCAGAACCAUUCAUUCCAGAGGAAGUGAAGCCUGAGGCAAGAACUCAGUCUCCACUUGUCAAGAGCCCACUUUGCUCUCUGCCCUCUCUGAUCCCCGAUCCUUCAUCUGUGACUCCUUCAAGUCCUCCGGUUGCUGACGAUACGGCUACUCCAACAUUGCCCAGCUCACCUUCCAAAUCACCAGUCAUAUCUGCAGUGAAUCCAGCUGUUGAGUCAAAUGUUGCUUCAUCUAUCAACUCCCCUGUUAUUUCACCAGUGGGACUGCCAAUUCGAUCCCAGCCCAUCCCACUACCUGAGACUCCUACACCCAAAUCUCCUGUCUACCCUCACCAUUCUAUUUGCCCUCUCACAGGAAACCCCCUCUCCCCAAUUUGUGCUCAGCCUCUGUUGUGCCACGAGCCCUCCUCACCGCUCACCUCUGAUUCUCCCAUCAGAACUCAGCCUGUCCCAGCAGUCACUUCUACUCCCAUCCCCAAAGCAGACUCUGUCACACACGAGUCCUCAAAGUCGAUAGAUUCCUCAGUUGAAGAAACUCCAUCUAAGACUACUGAUCUCAUUGAGGAAUUUUGGUUAAAGAGUGCUGAGAUCAGGAAGAGUUUGGGUUUGACACCUUUGGACCGCAGUAGUAAAAUCCUAGAGAAGAGCAUUAAGCCUCCAAUACAAGAAUCCUUGUCUGUCAAGUCACAGCCUGCAGAUGUUUCUGAGCAGCAGAAGCCUACCUUUACUGGGAGAUCUGUCAUUCGAAGGAUAAACAUCACGCUUGAAGGUCAAGUCAUUACUCCCAUUGUGCUUGUAGAGCCCAAAAGGAAUGACUCUGAUAAGCGGGAACUCAGCAGCAGCUCUGGUCUAGGAUUAAAUGGUAGCACAGCCAUUAGCCAGACAGCAAACACUGAUGGCUAUAACACAUCUAACUCCACUAUGCUCACCCCACCCUCUAGCCCACCGCCGCCGGUGCCUGCAAAUCAGUCUCCAGCUAUUCUCAGGCAGCAGAAACACCAGGUGUCCUGGAGCAACAGAACAGAAAAGCCCGCAGUUGAGCAUGCCAAAGAGCCAGGACUUGUAAAAACCCAAACGCCUGUUCCUGCACAGCGGACCCAGCUCAACCCUGUGUCUGCCCCAAAACCUGCCCCCAGGAAAGUCACUUCACCCACCACGGACCUAGAACCUGUUCCAGUGGUCAUAAUGAGAGAGAAGAAGAAGCCUCGUCAGGAGGAGCUGAGGAAGUCUUUCGUGGAGACAGUUGAAGAGAUUCCAUUUGCUGAUGACGUGGAUGAGGCGUAUGAUGAGAGAACACCAGAAAGGAGCAUCGAUAGGUUCUAUACUCCACCCACCAGCAAGGCCAUCAGGAACAAACCUCCUCUACAUCUGGCUCUAGCAAUGGAAAAUGGUAAACCAAAUAUCCCUGCCAGUCCCGCUUGUAAGCCCCAGAGGGUGACUCAGUUUUCCCAAGAGGCCAGAGAGAUUGCUGAGGAGAGAAUGAAGGCUAGAGAAAAGUCCAUCAAGAGCCAGGCCCUAAAAAACGCCAUGGCCAAGCAGCUAAACAGAAUGAAAGAAGAUGAUAUGGACAAGGGUGCCUCGUCUAAAGUGGUUUGGAAUCUCACCCCGGAUACAGGGGCAAAAAGUAAAAAGUCGGCAGGAUCACCAAAGAUGUCAGCUGUGAAAGCUCUGGAGUCAAAGAAGGCGGAGGCUUUACCGGAUCCUUUCUUCAGUAGCAACAAGAGUCUUAACAGCUCUGUGGCUUCAUCAGAAGGCUCUUCUGCAAGUAAGAGCAAGAAACGGAGUUCCCUUUUCUCACCACGUAAGAAUAAGAAGGAGAAAAAAGCCAAGAAUGAGAGCAGUAGGCUCUCUGGCACAGAUGAGACACCACCCAAACACAAGUCACUGUGGAAGGCCGUCUUCUCAGGGUAUAAGAAGGACAAAAAGAAGAAGGAUAACAAAUCAUGUCCAAGCACGCCAUCAUCGAGCUCCACCACUCAGGAUUCUGCCAAAAAAAGAACGUCACCUCUUGGAAAGACAUCUGAUUUGAAAUCACGUAGAAACUUGAGCUUCUCUGAGGACUCAGACCUGUCUUGUGAUGAUGUUCUGGAGAGAUCCUCCCAGAAAUUAAAGGCAGAUUCUGUUUAUGUUCCUCACGCACUGGCAUUCAAGAGAUCAUACGCCACAAAGAAAACCUACACCGAGGAAGAGCUGAAUGCUAAACUGACACGGAGGGUCCAGAAAGCUGCACGACGGCAGGCCAAGCAGGAGGAACUGAAGAGGCUGCACAGAGCCCAGAUAAUUCAGAGACAGUUGGAACAGGUGGAGGAAAAGCAACGGCAGCUGGAAGAAAGGGGCGUGGCCGUGGAGAAAGCCCUGCGUGGUGAAGCAGGAUUCUAUAAAGACUAUUGGGGAGAUUCUAAUUACAGUGAAAUCCUGGACUUGCACCUAGGCGGAGGAGUCGUUUUCUCUCAGAGAGCAGCUACAUGUGACACAAAGUCCAGACUGGGAAUGGGCAAAAAAGAUGAUCCCAAACUCAUGCAGGAGUGGUUCAAACUGGUGCAGGAGAAGAACGCCCUGGUCCGCUAUGAGUCGGAACUCAUGAUAUUUGCCAGAGAGUUGGAGCUGGAGGACCGUCAAAGCCGACUGCAGCAGGAACUCAGGGAGCGAAUGGCUGUUGAAGACCACCUAAAGAGUGAAAAGGAGCUUGCUCAGGAGAAGAAAAUCCUGAAUGAGAUGUUGGAGGUGGUGGAGCAGCGCGACGCCCUCGUGGCCUUGCUGGAAGAGCAGAGGCUUCGGGAGAAAGCGGAAGACAAGGACCUUGAGGCCGUCAUGCUGUCCAAAGGCUUCAACCUCAACUGGGCAUGAAAUGGUUGAAGAACCAGAUGAUUGGGUCCAUUUCCUCUGGGCAGUUUGUCUUUUACACCUGCAGCAGUGAAUGUGCAAAGCACCCCCCCCCCCGGGCAGCGUUUACAUAUCCUCUGGUCAAAUGCGGUCUCCCUUGCUUUGCCUCCAUACGGGCGCAGAAGCAUAUCUGUUCUCAGCUUCAUCAUCGCAGCCUCAGGCGAGGGUUGUUUAAAGGCUUGAUUCAUUGAUGGAAAGGGAAGAAUGCAGUCACAUCCUGCUGAUGUAAAGACUUUGUACAGAAGAGUUUUGUCUAUAAUUGUGUUGAUCGUGUGUGUGAAUGCUGGCACGAUCUCGAUUAUGCCUCGCCGCAUCGUGGACAUCCUAUGCUCAAGCUGCCUUUGACAAACACUUUCACAUCCUGAACCACAAACACGUGAUUUGCACCCUCAGUGUUUUAUCCUUCAACACUAAUAAGCCAUUAAGUAUGGCCAUGUUUUUUUCUAAUGUAUUUAUUUCAUUGGUUUGGUUUUUAAGAGAAUUUUUUUUGUUGUUGUCAUCGUAUAUUCGUAGGCGAGUGCCGAGAAUCACUAGUACGCGUCUCUGCCCCCCCCCCCUUUUUUUUUUCAUCCAGUGCAUGUGAUGAAUGAAGGCUGCUGCCACAUAAAGUACAUAAAGGUUCUGUUGGUAGAACAGAGACAAACGUAUUCCACUCAUCAUUAAUGAUGGCGCUCUCUGUCAGAUGGCGUUCACUAUAAAUCACUUUGACAGGUUUUUGCGUAUUCAGUAAUGGAUUUUUACAUUUCUUGCUAUGUUUUUUUGUAAGUGGAAUUAUAAAGCACCCGCUGAUCGCGUUCAUAUUGUACUAAAAGUGUCAACAUUGUGAUGUUCUCAUCAAUCUGGUUUCUCUGAAUAGAUCAGUGAAGCACUCAUUCAGUGCCACAGAGUUUCCUCUGUCGGCGAAUAUGCUGCAAUAUUAAAGUAAAACACGUGUCUUUCUGUGUGGCGGUGUUACCACUUCUCACUUGAACAAGAUGCCUUUUUUUAAUUUUCAUAUUUUCAUUCUUUGUUUUAUUUCUAAAUAGUUUUUGGAGGUAUUUGUUUUUGUGUAUCUCACUGGAACUAAAAAAUUCUACUUUUUUCCCCAAAUCCCAAAUGCUUUUAUACACUGCAGAUGAAUCCAACAUGCUUUAUGCAAAAGCUUGCAUUAAAGAGAAACAGGUUUUUCUUUUUUUUCUUUUUUGCCUUUUUGGAUAAACUGUAGACUCCUGGUGGUCACUGUUUAACAGCACACAAAACACUAGAGGCUUUAUUUAUGACUUACGGCUGUGAAUACAAAAGUUAAGAAUUUUAAGGGUUGUUGUUUCCCAACUGGUGUGUGAUGAGUUCAACAUGAUUGUAUUGAUAUUUUUUAACCUGUGUGUAAACUGUAUUAUAUGUAAAGAGAAAAUGAGUCCUAAUUUUUAAACUGUUCUGUUGACACUUGUAAUGUAAAUGCUUCUUCAUGUAGCUAAAAUUCAUAGGGGCGUUGGUGUAUGCUGAAAUGGCAAUAAAACCAUGCAGUUCUUCUCAGA